AUGUCGGCCCGGUUUCAAAGUGUCGCUGUAAUUGGUGCUGGCCCAUCAGGUAUUUCGGCGGUCAAGGCCUUGCAGGAGGAGAAUAUUUUUCAGACCAUACGGCUCUUUGAACGACGUGGUGAUGUUGGAGGCACCUGGCAAUACGAUGAAAUCCCCGAUCGAUUUCCAUCUCCCGGGACUUUCACUCAACCCAACGAAAUCCCAACUCGCCUUCCCUCGCUAGCACCGCCUUCUCCUGAAGAUGUAACUUCUCGUACUGCCAUAUAUGAGGGCCUUGAUAGCAAUGUGGGUGCUAAAGCCAUGGCCUUCUCGCACACUCCAUUUCCAGACAGAAACUCGGCAUCAUCUAGUAGGAACUUCGGGCGUUCCAACCCCACUCGGCCAUUUCGGGUUGUGAAAAAGUAUUUGGAAGAUGUUUUCCAAGACUAUCUUCAAUUCGCCUCUUUCAAUACCACAGUUGAAAGGCUCGAGAAACGGGGUCAAAAAUGGAACUUGACACUUCGGCAGUUCGGGCACUCGGAUGGUACAGAGUCAAAAGACUAUUGGUGGGAGGAACGGUACGAUGCUGUGAUUGUGGCAUCGGGGCAUUACAGUGUGCCGUUUGUGCCUCAUAUUCCAGGGCUAGAUGCUGCCAUCGCAAGUUAUCCGACUGUCUUCGAGCACUCGAAGCAAUUCCGUCGAGCGGACGAUUAUGUGAAUAAGCGUGUGGUGGUGGUUGGAGGCAGUAUCUCUUCCGCAGACCUUGUAGCAGAUCUGCACUCGAUUGUGAAAGGGCCUCUCGAACUCUCUCAGAGAGGAAAGAACGAGGCACUUCAAUCCGCCUGGGACCUACCCAAUGUCAAUGUCAGGCCGACCAUCACGGAAAUCCAGGCCACGAGUGAGGGGAUAAACGUCAAGUUCUCCGAUAAAUCCCUCCUAGAGGGGGUCGACAAGAUUAUCUUCGCCACUGGAUACAAAUUAUCAUAUCCAUUCAUUGUUCCCGACCCUGUGACCCCCAACAACAGAAUUGCAGGAUUCUACCAGCAUAUCUUCAAGAUCGGUGACCCAUCUCUGGCUCUCGUCGGCCAGGUUCGCGCUGGGAUCAGCUUCCGAGUAUAUGAAUACCAGGCAGUGGCCGUGGCCAGAUAUUUUGCCGGGAGAAAUGCAGUGGCCUUACCAACACCACAACAGCAGGAUCUAUGGGAGGUUCAAAGACUUCAAUAUAAAGGUCAUACAGCACUUUUUCACGAGAUCAAGCCUGAUUUCAAGGAUUACUUUGAUUUCUUGACAGGUCUAGCUGGUCCCCCUGCAGCAGGAACAGACGGUUACUUACUCCCUGCUUGGGAUGAUACCUGGGCAGAACAGGCAUUUGAGGUUCUCCAGCUCAAAGAUAAUUACUGGCGGUCACUCAAGAGGAUCGCGAGUCAAUCGGGUGCGGUGGCCGCCAAAUUGUGA